AUGAAUCCAAUCCGUUCUAAUGAAGAUCAUAUUUUCCGAAUGUAUAUGUAUGAUUACCUCAAGAAACGUGGAUUGCAUUACACUGCUGAAGUUUUCCGAAUGGAAGGCCAAGUUUCUUCAAAACCCCCCAUUGAAAUUAAUCAAAAUCGACAUGGCUUCUUGCAUGACUUUUGGAAAUCACUCCAUGAUGACUUGUAUAACCCUAGACUAAAAAUGCCACCACCACCCUCCAAUAAGGUACAAAAUGUUGGUUCUAAAAGGGACACUACUGCCUCGCAAAUAUAUCGAGAUGGAUAUUCUAUGCAACUCAUUGGAAAUUUUAAGAGCAUGAACUCGCUUUCGUCCUGCGAUUUUUCGUCAGACGGAAAGGUUUUGGCGAGUGGUGGGUUUGAAAAGAAGGCUUUCAUUUGCUACAUGGAUACUUGUGAAUUUAUUAAUACAUCAGAGUCACAUUUAGCUCCUAUCACAGAAGUUAGAUUUCAACCAAGAACAACUAUAUUUGCAACUUCUUCUCCUGAUAAAACACCUCGAACCGCGUUGUUUGAUCUUGUUGGACAUAAGGGUGUGGUGAAGUCAUUGGAUUUCCAUCCAAAUGAAGCACUUCUUUGCUCAUCUGAUAGCUUUGAUGUGAUUGAAGUAUGGGAUCUUGUUAAGUGUAUUAGGCUGAAAAACUUUAUGGCGGGUGGGCAGAAAAUACGAUUUCAACCUGUAUUUGGGAAGUUUUUGGCAGUUGCUAAUGGAAAUGUCAUCACCAUACUUGAUAUUCAGACUUGGAAGGGACACAGCAAAGAAAUUCGUUCGAUAUGUUGGGACACACAGGGGCAAAGGAUUGCUUCUGUUACUGAAGAUUGCGCACGUGUCUGGUCGAUUGCAGGGCGCGGACAAUACCUUCAUGAGUAUAAAGCAAAUGGGAAGAGGUUUCAAUCCAUCAUAUUUCAUCCUAGAUACCCUAAUGUACUAGUUAUUGGUGCAUUUCAGAACAUUGAACUGUGGAUUACUGAGACUGAGCAAGUGUAUCAUAUUCCUACCCAUACUAAGGCCACAGUUACUGGACUAGCAGCUUGUGCACAAAAUCAAUUCAUUGCUUCGUGUAGCAGUGAUCGUACUGUGAAAAUAUGGAAAUGA